GUUUUGUGUGCGAUGAGCAAAGAAAGCCGAAUCUUUGGUCCGGAGCGGGCGAGCCGUGGUGAUGCGGCCGGUGACAAGCAGCAUCAGCCCUUGGACAGUCUGUGGGACGAGAAUGCGGAUAAGUACAAGUUCUGCUGUCGCGCGUUGCACAUCACUCGGGCCACACUCUACCUCGCCUACGCGCAGAUGGUGCUCACAUUCGUGUUCUGGCUCUUCUUCAUGUUCUACUACGUACAGACCAAAUUAGUUUACAUUUCAGUGUCACUUCUUUUUGGGACCGCAUUGCAGCUGCUUUUCGUCCUCCUGCUUGUUUACGGAUUACGCACUGAACGUCGCUCCUUCUUGCUCCCGUUCAUUUUAUCCGUAUCAUCUUCAAUUCUCUUCGAGUUUGCAGAGCCAGUUCUUCUCGAAUUUGGUCGCAAUUGCGGUUCAGCUGUGGUGCGUUGCUGUUGUUUGGCGAUGCUAUGGAUUCUUGGGAGACAAAAAGGUGCUUUUUGA